AUGCCUACAUCAGCCGAUCAGAGGGGUGUGGGUACUCCAGCGCAGGCACUGUUCCAGUGUGCUGAAUGCAAACGGACAUACACGAGGCUCGAUCACCUCUCUCGCCAUGUCCGCUCGCAUACGAAGGAGAAACCAUUCGUCUGUGACACGUGCCUUAAGCCAUUCGCAAGGGCCGAUCUAAUGAAGCGGCAUGCUGCUGGUCAUAGC